AUGGCAGAAGCAUCACGCGCAGGUCCUGUCUCAACCUUCAGCUCUUCAGUGGUGUGUCGGGUCAGUGCUGCUCUUCUAAUAUGCUCUUGCCUCUUGGCCGUUGCGAAUCAAACGACCCUAAAGUCCCAUUUCAUAACUACAGCAGCUGCAGGAAUCACUGUCAAGCAUGCCGUCAUCCAUCGUGAUGUUCUGGUUUCGCACAACUACACGGCCAAUGAAUUGGCCAGUACCGGUACUCGAGCCAGUAAACUGAGGCGAACCAAGGUCCUUCCGCAUGCACCGAUUGAUUUGCAUCUCCCUAAAUUUCCUUCACUGAAGAAGGCCUUUAACGAGUCGCAGAUAGUAGCUGUCUACUUUGGAGCCUCGUGGUGCAAGCAAAGUGCUCGAGUUGUCAAGAAAAUUGAUCGAUUGCUCGGCCCAAAAUUGCAACAAUACGCCAAGGAGACCAACUCUGUUGAAAAAGCCAAUGGAAAAAGGAAAAAGCGACGGCCACUGACUCUUCUCUACGUUUCCUCAGACAAAUCCAAACUGCAAUUCCAAAACUUUGUCAAAAACCGCUUCUGGAAGGUCGCCAAGUGGAAGAGUGAACGCAAAGAGCUAAAGAAACACUUCAAAGUCUGCGCCAAAAUCGAACAAGAGCCAUUGCAGCUUCAACGCGAGUAUGAAAUUCCCCAUAUGAUCUUAUUCAGUGGGAGGACUCACCGAAUUCUGUCUCGAGACGGCGUGCAUGAUCUCGAGACGCAAGGAUUGGGAAUACUAGAUCAUUGGAUGGAUCUGGAGAAGAGCGGGGUGGCAAGUGCUUCCUAG